AUGAGUGACGUUGGUUUAUCGGAGCGUGUUCCAAAUGACGAUUUGAAAACAUCAAAAAAAGAAGAAAAAAUAAAAUUUUUAAAAAACACGUUAAAAUACUAUCAGAGUAGGUCUUUGUCGUUAGACACCAUACUGGUGUCGAAGCAACAAGACAUUCCACCAUUUGAAAAACCAAUAACAUACAAAGUGCUUCAAGAAAAUGUAAAAAGACUUCAUGACGACAUCAUGUUUAUGGUAUCGCUUAAAGACUGUGCCAAAUUUAUCAAAAACAACAUAGCCUGUUCUGCAUUUUUAGAAACUAAUGAUUCAACGAGUAAAAGAGAAUUAUUAAACAAAUGCGAGGGAAUAAUUUAUUUGAGUAAAUCAAUUGUGAAAUUAUACAAUGAAAAAUUAAACGAAUUAGAUGUCACUAAAACAAAAAUGAAUUAUUUAUCUGCCUUGUCAAAAUACGAAUACAAUUUGAAAUCUGUCAAGAAUAACGAAGACAAUUAUAGCCAAGAUGAUAAAAUAGCUUUAGAAAAAGCAGAAUUACAUGUGUACAAAAUUAAUCUCAUUCGAGCUUUAAAAUCAGUUUUAAUCGGUUUCACAUCCGUACAUUAUCCUGCAGUUUACGCACAAUUUGAAAAAUUUCGAAAUCCCAUAAGAAGAAAUUUCACAUUGGAAGAUUUUUCAGAGAGUUGGGAUGUUGAUUUAUCUCAUGCAACAAACAAAUGA